UCAAUCAUCCUAAUAAAGUCCGGCCUUUUUCUAAUUCUACGCCGGAAAAAGCCCGUUGAAUGGUUUGUUGGGGACGAGGAGAACCCCAUGGUUUUUGCUGGAGCAAGGAUUGAUAAUAGGGAAGGUAUAGAGGUGUACUCUAAUGGGGAUUCAUAUGAAGGGGAGCUUUAUUUGGGGAAGUUCAACGGGAGUGGUGUCUAUGAUUUCUUCGAGCGAGGGAGAUACGAGCGCGAUUGGGUGGACGGGAAGUGCGAUGGCUAUGGGAUCGAGCGGUGGGGGAAGGGAACACGAUACUAUGGUCAUUAUCGCAAGGGCUUAUAUCACGGUUUUGGUGUCUAUCAAUUCAACAAAAGUGUCGGCUAUGCCGGUGAAUGGGCUGGCGGGCGAAGCAAUGGCUAUGGAGUGCUGAGAUGCUCGGAUGGUGGCUGCUAUGUGGGACAGUUCGAGUUUGGGGUGAAACAUGGCUUAGGUGUCUAUCAUUUCAGUAAUGGCGAUAAAUAUGCGGGUGCAUAUUUCGGCGGAAUGGCUCAUGGAUUUGGAAUUUAUUACUAUGCCAAUGGUGACUGUUAUGAAGGCUCAUGGCACGAAGGCGUGCAGCAAGGUUUCGGAACGUACGCCUUAAGAGGUGGAGGUGUUAAGUCAGGAGAAUGGAACUAUGGAAUUCUCAAAAACUCCCUCUCUCCUGCACACCCUAAAGUUUACAGCUUUGUUCAGAGUGGAAGAAAUGCUGCAGAGAGGGCAAUUCUUCUGCCCCCUGUGGAAGAUGAACUCAACCGAGCUGUUUCUGCUGCAAACAGAGCUGCCGCUGUAGCUCGCGUCGCUGCCGUCAGAGCUGUUCGAUACCGUGAAGAACGAAGCAAAGCUUGGCAUCUUCUAACUAAAAGAUUUCGCUCUCAUGUGUCGAAGUUCGUUAAUUUGGUAGCUUGUUCUGGACGGGGAUGGAGAUUUGAAAACAUAUGCUGAUUUUUAGUGUU